AUGAAUGCUUUCCGACGUUGCAAAAUAAGUAACAAGACAUUUAGAGCUCAUUGGCAGGAUCCAGAACUUGGACAGUGCCCUAUGAUUAAAGAACUACCAAAGACCAUCCCUGGUCUGGAGGACAUUGAUGUCAAUGGCAACAAUGCAUGGGUACUGGCAGAGCUGAUCAAGAACCUGACCACUAACAUGACUUCCAUUACUGAAGAAGAUCUUAACAUUGUGCUGUUGAAAGUAACAGAGGUGGUAGAAGUUGGAGCGCUGACCCCUCCACUUGGACAGGUCAUUAUUGAUAUCAUCAGCAAUGUCCUGAAAGCAAGUGAUAACUUAUGGGACACUGCAAGCAGAAUCUUGAAAAUCACAGAUGCUGUAGGCAACAAGAUGUUCUUUACUGGACACUCAGUCAACCUCACCUCUGACUUACUGGCUCUGUCAACUUUGAACAUCAACUUCUCCUCCUUCAUGGGGAUCACCUUUGGUGUUUCAUCACUCAGCCAUAGUUUUGGCCCCGAGAUUUUCAUCAGCCAGAUUCCCAUUGAUGAUGCAGUGGCAUUUAUUUCUCUACCAAGUACACUAAACAAUCACCUGAAUUGGCAGAUCUUGGAAGCUGCUUCUCGACUCCAGUUUCAGUUCUUUGCUAAUGUGUCACUUUUUCAGGUAAUUCCUGACAAUGCUGAAUGA